AUGGUGAGCACACCUUGAGCACGCCUUGUUUUCAAAAAUGCAUCGAUGAUCUUUGCAGUGUGACGAUCCGCUGUACCUGGCCGUCGAUACCGAAGUCAGCGCCAAAUUCAAAGGUGCUUUUUGUGAAGCGAAAGUGAAAAGCGUCAGAAAAAGUCUAAAAUGCAGGGUAAGAGAGCGCAAAAGUAGAAAAAAUAUUGAAUUUCAAAAAUAUUCAGGUUGAAUUGAAAGACCCGCCCGGAGGCAAACACGCGUGUUAUGAUACCGAUUUUCCGAACGCAAGAUUUUUUCAUAACGAGGUUUUGAACGUUUUCAAGCUCGAAAUUAACAUGAAAGUAAUUUCAGCAAACUGAAGUGAUCCUUAAUCAAAAGAGGUGCCGAUGUACAAUUCUUUCUGUCAAAGAUAACAGCCGAUAUCACGUCGGUAUGUUUCACUUGGAGCUUUAUCGAUUUUUAGUCGGAAAAACCCGGAAAACAAAAAAAAACCGAACAUGCUUUCAGUUUUCAACGAUGGCGAUGAGAAAGAGCUUCGUCGAACUCAGCUGGUUCUGAAAGGCGGAAAACAUUUCGACGCCGAAGGGAAUCUCGAUUCGAUGCCGCUCACGAAUCCAGAAUCUUGGACCGCUCCCAUUGUGCGGUUGACCGGAAAGCGUGGAGCGAAGAAAAAGUAAUUUACAUGGCCGAAGAACCCACAAUUAUCCGUGCUUUCAGCGCUAUCAACCUUUCCGAAAACCGUAACGACGAUGGAGAUGACGAUGAAGAGGAAGAAGAUGACGAGGAUGCUGACGAAGGAGAGGAGUCGGCAAGCAAUCGGAAGAAGCGGAGAGCAGCGAAUGCGGCGAGUGCGGCCAUCGGAGAACUGAACGAAGCACAUGGAAUCGAUACUCAAAGCGACGAAUCGGCGGCCGAUUCGAGCGAAGAAAAAGAACGGAUCAAGGAGCGAAGAAAACGCAGAGAAGAGGAACGAGCCGGCCCUUCCGGUCCUUCGACGUCCUCCCAAGCUCCGUCUCCCGAUGAACAGGAUAACUCUCUCGGCGACUCGUCAACGAACGGAACCCCCGGGAAAGAUGAGAAACGCGCUGCAAAAGAGAAGAAGAAGCAAGAAAAGCAGGAAAAGAAACUUCUGAAAGAGCAGGAAGAUGAGAAGGAACGACUUCUGAAACAGAAGGAACGGGAAGAGAAGGCGAGGCAGAAGGAAACGGAGAAAGCGCAAAAGGCGGAACAACGGGAAAGGAAGCGGCAGGAGAAUCACAAGAAGAAGAUGUUCGCGAGAUUCGUGGAGUGGAAGAAGAACACGAGCUUGAAGCGUCUAAAACCAGUACUUGCACGCUGUUCGGCGCGCUAUCGGUUCAAAGGCCAAAGCCUAAACAUGCUCGACAACACCGGAAGGAACCGAAUCAAACGCAAAUUGCUCCAUCAAUGGCAAAAGAAGCGUGUUCGGAAUCAUAUGCUGUACAAGUUCUGGAAGAAUCAAGAACUCCACGCGCGCUUCUCCAGUGUCGUUUUCGCGAGACAGUGGCGGAGAAGGCGCUCGAAUUGGCUCAAAACGCUAGUUAGAACUCAAUGUCUACUUCAGGACGAGCAUCGGCGCCAAUUCGUAGAAAACGUGAUACAAGGAACGCUGGAGUGCAAAGGAUUUCCGAUUGUGGUGAUCCAUCAAGACUACCGACAGGCUAGACGCGUUAUGCAGUACAUCGAGAAACGGUAUCCAGAUCUGAGUGUAAGCGACGAUAACUAAUGAAUUGAAAAAGUAAAUUGUCCCCAUUUCAGAAUUCAAUUGACGAACGGGCAAACUUCCCAUUCGAAGAAGUGAUGCCGCCGAUUGUAAAAAGCCAUUUUCGAAGGGAAGAAUGGUAUCUGGCGGUACUUCUUAAACGAAUAGUUGUGGUCGAAGGUCCGGACGACACCCAAUACGUUCAACGGAUCGUCCGUCACAGUGUAACCGGACGUCUUCUUCAAGUAUGGGAGAAAGAUCUGAUUCCUCUCCGUUGGCUUCCCCACUUCAAUUCUUUCACCGCAUUGAGAAUCGCCAAUAGCCGGCCGCCCGCGAGCAGAAAGCUCUUCAAACUUGCUUUGAAUAUUUCCACCUAUCUUUGCAAGGACAGUGAGUGAACUUGUCGAUUUUCAAUACCACUAUUUACCAAAAAGCUGACUUUCAGAGAUUCGCGUGGAUCUUCUCAAAGCCAGACUCAAGUGGGCUUCUGCGAGAAGGCCGUCUGCGGCUGUUCCCGAUGAAACUGAGGCGAUUUUGACGGAUGCUCCGAUUCCGGAAAAGUCUGAAGCUGUCUUAAACGAAUAUCAUGAUUCAGAUUACAUCAUGAGAGAAGAUAACAGGAGAAAGAGCCCCGACGAGAAUGAGAGAAACCAUUUCGCUGCUAAGUAUAUUCUGUACUGCAGCUGUACAAAGCUGAAGUACGACAGCGCGAAUCCUCCAAAGAUUCAGGGAUUUGCCAUCGACAUUUUUCAUUUUUACGAUAACAUCAGGAAACUUGGAGGACCAAAACGGGUGAAAUCGGACAAUCUUUGGACAAUUAUCGCAGCAAGAAUGUUGCCAGAAGCAAGCAAUCCGGAAAAAGAGCUCGAGGAGCUUUUCAAGUUUUAUUUGGAGCACUACUUCAAACAUGGCGACACUCUCGCUCAUUUGGUAGACCCUCAAACUACGAGAUCGACUACUCGGAAUGUGCAGUACAGCGAAGUGCGGAAACGGAAACCGACGGCGUCGACAGCAGCGCCGGCGGUGGAUGACUCUGAGCCGGGACCGAGUCAGCCAACUCCGGCGAAACCGAAAACGCCGGGACGGAAACGGAAAACGUCGGUCGACGAAAGUCUUCUCGAGAAGAACAAGAAAAAGGGACGGAAAUCGACUAGUCCAUCGAGAAAAUCGCCUCCAACGAGACGAUCCAGACCGCCGACGCACUCGCCACAAGCCCGACCGCCUCGUCAUGGUCUUCUCAUUUCGGAUUCGGAAGGCGAAGACGACGAUGAUGAUGAGGACGACGAUGAUGACGACGAGGAUUCGUCUGUCGUUCGAGAUGGAAGAGAGAAGAAGUCGGUUCACCGUCAACGAAAAGAAAAGAAGGAGACGAAGCUGACGCCGGGCAGGUCUUCAGCAGCCAGGAGGAGUUGGAGCAGAAAGCGAGAUGAAACGACGCCUGUGCUUCCUGCGAAGAAGGGACGUCCUCGGAAGAACGCUGUGCCCUCAACACCCUCCACCUCUUCGAAUCCUUCUAUUUCGGCUCAUCCAUCAAAUGUCAAGAAAGACAAAAAUGCAGAGAAAGAGAAGUGGAGCGGGUUCAUCGAUGCCAAUAUGUAAAAAAAACCUUUCUGUCAUUCUAUCAUCAGUUUCCUUUUUUCAGCAUCAGUGACAUCCGUGCUGGUCACAAAUUGGCCGUGUGGUAUAAUAGUCGAUGGUAUCCAGCAACUGCAGUUUCUAACGCGAAAGACCACAGCGAGGAAAUUUUCCGUGCGAUGCUCAAGGGACAAAAGAACUCUGUGACGGAGUUGUCGGAGGACGUCAGUAAUCAUCUGUCAGUUAUGCACUCGAAUAUGUCCGCGAUAACGCACUACACCGGAUGGAACUCUCGGUACGACGAACCUAUCCGAUUCUCGAUGCUCAUGGUGACAAAGGAAGAUCAGGAAGCCGCGCGCAAGCGAUUUUUCGAUAUGGGACGUGAAGAAAAACUGAAGCCGGAGAUGUUGGCAUUGGUGGAGCACCGCUUCAAAAUGGCUAAAGACGAAAAAGUGGACAGAACUGGGUUUAGGAUUGCCACGUUUCAUGGACCGAAUCAGUUCCUGAAGUGGGCGAAUGAGGCGUAUGAAUUGUCAAUAGCCAAUGCGCCCAAUUUUGACGGGGAUCAAGAACAGGAGGAGUCCGAUGAAGAAGAAUUUGAAAAGGAGGAAGCUGAAAGGGAGAAGUCUGACCAUGAGCUGGAAGACUGGGACCAGGAAGAAUCGACGAAGGAAUCGGAUAGCGAACAGGAAGAUGGCGGAUCAGAUUCGGAGCAAGAGUUGAAAGAGGCUCAGCCGAGUGUCUCUUCAACUAUCGACUUGACACGGAGUGCUCAUCACUCGGGAGACGAGGAAGACAAGGAAAGCGACGCAGAGGAUGGAAGCGAGAGAACGAUUCCUGCCGAAGAGGUCGACGAACGAGGUCCUUCGUCUUCGAUGUCUCAAUCUACAGAGCACCGUGGAUCACAUGAUGCUCUGCUCGAUUCGGAUUCUGAUGAGCCGAAGUAUCCGUCUCAUCUCGGGUCGCCUAUGAAACUCCCCAUUCUUCACACGAUCCCUUCUCUGGAUCCGACCAGCAGCGGCGGAAGCAACAACUGUAUGUUUUUGCAUUUUGAUGUUUGCAUAGCAUAGACCCAGAGGGCGCGAUGGGAAAGUUUCGCACACUGAUCAAUCUUUCUAUUAUUCGAUUAUAGUCGGAAUUUUAGCCCGUCUUCGAAAAAGUCUGAACUUUUGUAUCACGCGCACUGUCUCCGCACAGCUAAUGCUAAAUUGAGCGAAGCGUUAAAACGGAGUGUCGUUGAAAACAAAAGCAGGUCUGAAAUGUCUGGAUUUUUUUCCGAAAACCCGAAAUUUCAUCCGAAAAUGAGAAAAAUGAAGUAAAACAAAGAAUUUCAGGAUUGUUAAUGACAGCUGUGACCUUAAAUUAGCAUUUUCCCACAAGAAAGCGCGCAUUAUUACACUUUUCUGUGAAUUUCAGUCCGGAUCCUCAAAAACUGAAAUUUCUCAGUCAUUUUUGCAUUUUAUGGGCCGUCUCUGUGCUCAAAAUGACCGCCUUUGUCUGCUGAACAAUCGUGAGGCGACUGUUUUUUGAUUCUGUCAACUAUUUUCUCAAAACUUCCGAAAGUUCGUUUUUUCAAGCCAAAUUUAAAAAACGACAUUACUCUUCGAAUUUUCACUUUUACACGAGCACUCUGUGAUCAUUUUGUAGCUAUCGGUCAUAUGAACAAACGCGAGGCAAAAGUUUUAAAGGAAAACUGUGCAUAAUCCCAUAACUCGGGAAAACAUCAUUUUCAGUUGAAAAACCGUAUCCCGUAAAUCGACACUGAGAGCCGCACGCAAAAAGCGCGCGAAAAUUUUUUUUUCGCCGAAGGGGAGACAGUGUCACGGCGUUUUUCUGACUACCGACAUACGAAAAAUGUUUUUCUCGGCUACAUGAGCUAACAUGCAGUUUAUCUGUGCUUCAGACUGAAUUUUGUGACACACUUUUUUUUGAAGACAGCUUAUCGAAAUUCAGAGCGAAUAUGAGAACCCAAUUUUUAAUUUAAGCCUUUAUUUUUAAAAUACUCUCAAAAUAAGUCCCAGGGACUAGAAUUCUCAGCGAAAAAAUGGGGGACUAGAAAAAUAGUCGAUGGGGUGGGGGGUCGAGGCCGGGGACUAGAAAAAAAUAGUCGAUGAGGGGGGCGAGGCUGUGGCGUUUUCUAGUCCAUUAGAAAAAAAGGCGUGACCCAGUUAAUAGAUCAACAAGAACAGUUUUGUUCUAUCCAUUGAAACCGUUCAAACUUCCGUUUUUGCAGAUCCCCUUCUCAGCCGACAAGGCAGUACCAACUCGGUCGCUUCCUCGUUGCCCGUAAUGCCGACGUUUUUAUCGCCGCAAAAUUCGUUGGCCCAUUCGGGACCGCUCAUUUACGACGUACAGCCAUCGUCCUCAUCUGCGCCGCCGAAACCGCCGCAACUACAACAAAUCCAUGACGACGACGGACACGGGGAUGACGCAGAGCGGCGCAGGCGGAUGUUGGAGGAGAGGACGCCGAACGAGGCAGGACCCGCUCCGAAAAGAAUACGAGCCAACAGCAACGUAUCGGAGAUUGUAAGCUCGCCGAUCGUCCCGCUUCCGCCGCCGAUUCCUCUCCAGAAUUCCGCACAGUUCUCCGGCGCACUCACUCUUGACAUUCCGCCGGCCGUGGAAAGCUCUGGGCCGAUUGAAAUGAACGAGCCGAGGAAGCCGAUCAAGAAGAAGACGGAAAUCCCAACGUUCCAGCAGCGUAAGUUCAAUUAGGAAACUAUUUUCCCACGAAGGAAUUUUUCAGCUUCUCCGUCGAUUGCUCGUUCUGGUCCGCUUGAGUUGCAGCCGUCCAAGGCCCGAAGUUCCUUAUCGUCUCCGAUCGGAAGACCUCCGAAGAAGAAGAUCUCGACCGAGCCAGUGGCAGCCAUGUCUUCCUUCCCACUGAUUCCGCCUGUUCGACCUGAAGCGGAUGAAGAAGGAGCAAUGGAAAGAGUUCCGAGAGAAUCUGCUUCAGCACAAUCUGCAGAAUCAGUGGCCUCAAGUAGCAACGACAGAAAAGAGUCGCAAGACAGUCGGACGGCCACUUCUGGCAGCAUGAGUCCAGAAGAAGAACGAGACGACGGGGCAGGUGAUCCGUCGGGCAGGCCUUCUGAAGUAUUGACCACACCGAGAGGCGGAUUCGGUGGCAACACUAGAGGCAAGAAGAAGAGAGGAGGGGGAGGUCGCUUCUCCGCAACGUUCGCUCCGAGACCCACUAAACCGACCAAGAAGAAAGAUGAGGAGAACGGCGCGGAUCGAGCGUCGGAGGAGGCUCCCCACGCGGCAACUCCAACGCAUUCGACAAAAAUCGAUAGUUUCCUAGUGCAAAAGAGUCGGAUGGUGAAAGUGAUGGAAGCGGAGAACUCGAAGAUGAACUUCCACGAACUGGACUUGGAGCCGUUCGAAGACAUCGUUGCCAACGAGCCAGACACGGACAUUUGCUUGCUGCUGGAGGAACGAACGAACGAAUUGCGCGACAAUUUUACUCAAUGCAAGCAGGAUUUGAUACAACUCGAGAAACGUUAUAAGCUUCAGAACGAGGCCAAAAGUGAGUGACGGUCUAUCGAGUAUCGAGACGAAAAUUGUGUAAUUUUCAGAAAGAGCCGAAGAAGAGCGUCUCGCCGAAAGCGCGCCUUCGUCCUCCAACAGCUAG